AUGCCACGUAAGCUACGUAAGAAUAUACGUAAGAGGAAGGGAGCAUUGAAACAUCCAAUAGUAAAACUGACACCACAACAACAGUUGCAACAACAAAUGAUGAAUGACCCCACUAUGUUGCAACAAAUGUCAAGCAACCCUAUGCUUUUAAACCGAGUUAUUGGUGCACAGAGUGGAGGUUUAAGAGCGGCACUUUUAGCGAAAAUGGCAGGCUAUGGUGGAGCUGCAGACGGAACAGCUUAUAACCCUCAAAGUCAAAUGAAUUUGAGUUCACUCAAAAAUCAAAUAACAGAUGUCAAAAAGUCAAACAUAGACAUACAGAAACAAAUAAGUGAAAACGAAAAGAAACUAGAAUAUGACAGACAGACAAAGAAACUAAAUGAGUUAAACGUAGAGAAAAAGAAGAAAGAAGAACAACUGAAAGAACUAAGUACAGAGGAAUAUGCGAAAAAAGUGUCAGAAAAAGCAGCAGAAGUAGCAAAAAUGGAACAAGAUGUUAUAAAUUUGAAAAACCAUACUACUCAAUAUAAAGUACUGAAAGAUGAAGAGAUAAAACAAAAAGCCAUGAAGACAUAUAUGGAUAGCGAUGAGUAUAAAAAAGAAGUUGAAGCAAAUGUAAAGGCAGAAAAACUUUUACAGUUGCAAAACCAAACCGUACAGUAUGAAAACUUAGCACAAGAAAGUAAAAAUAACGACGCAGCCAUGCAAAAGGCAAUGAAAAGCGCAGAAUAUAUAAAAGCUAAUAAUGACUGGUUAGAUGCCCAAGCCAACGCUAAAGCAGCCCAACUUAUAGGGUCAAUAAGGACAAAAAUACAAGCGGAUGAAGACAGUUCAAAUGAAGCUUUAAUGAAUGCUGACUUUAAGAACGCCUUCGAAGCUCUUCAUAGUAAGGUGAAACUAGUGAACGACUUCUCAUCUGGAAAGAAACUGAAGUCUGAAGGUUUCGACAAAGAGUUAAGAGAAGUAGCACAAAAUAUGACGAAAAUAACAGAUGCAGCAACGAGACAGGCAGUUCAAAGUGCCUAUGACGCCGUUAGAGCAACUGUUGUGGAAAGUCAAGAAAAAGAGUUACAACAGACCAAAACAGACCUAGUAAAUGCUUUCUUAAAAACGAAAAGUCAGGUAGGACAUUAUGCUGCAGAUGGAACAUAUGUGCCAGCUGGUGGAACUUAUAUACCACCAAACCCUCCAAGAGAAGCACCUGCACCAGGACUACCUAAAACAUUUACAUCGUCACAUGGACACAGACACAGGCAUGCACCAAAACCAACACAACAACCAACAGUUCAAAAUCCAGCACCACAACAACAACCAAAACCAACAGUUCAA